AUGCCUCGUCUGUCCGCGGCAAUAACACAAGAGGAGUGCUUGUACGAUGACCGCUGGACAAAAGAAGCCGACAAUCUUUUUAUUGACCUUCUAAUGGAGGCAAAUUCUGUGGGUGAUUGGAAAUAUGGGAGACCCGCUAACUCAGUUUUUGAUUACUGCAGGUUGGGCAUCAAGGCAGCAUUGGACCUAAACUUUAGCCUUUGUGAUGUUGAGUUGCGGUUUGAUUUUCUCCACAAACGUUAUAGUGUUUUCAGACGAAAGGGAAGAAAAAUAAUAUCGAAAACCAAAACGGAAUCGGACGAAAGGGACGAGAGCAUACCCAGAUAUUCGCGUUCGCAGAGAGAGAGAGAGUAG